AUGCAUGCGGCCAAGAUUUACAAGGCCAAUGGCUUCGUGUGCAGCCUUACCAUCUGCGAGGACCGGCUGCUGGUGCCCGACCGCGACGAGCAUAAGGUGGUCAGUAUUCGGCUUUUCUCCGCUGUCACGUAUGACUUGACCCCGGAGAACAUCCGAGAUGUGAGGACCUACAAAUGCGGGAUGCCCGUUUGGCAAGCCGCCGCCACUGACGGCUUCGUGCUGGGACUUUGCCGCGACUUCACCGUGAAGAAGUUCGCGGCGGGGUCUCGGCAGCUGCUGAUGACCAUCAAGGUGACGCCUGCGGCCAAGGAGGCAAAGAACCCCUACGCCUUCAAGGUGGCCGGGCCCAGAUUCUACGUCGGCUACCUCAAUUCUGGCGAGAUCGCCACAUACUCAUUGCAAGACGGCAAGCGGCAGCUGGAAAAGGGCUUUGCCGGACACAAAGGCAGCGUGAACGGCUUUUGCCUGGACAGGGACUUCCCGACCAGUCCUCGCAAAGAUGGUCCCUACAGUCUAGCUGCGGAGCAGGCCGACUUUUUCCGCGAGCAAAAGAACACUAAGCUCAUGGCCACUGCCCAUGCGGCCACUGUGGCCACUGUGGCCACUGCCUCAGCCGCCCUGGGGGUCCUUCUGGGCCUCGCCUUGGCCUCGCUGAGCCGCACCCGGCGCAAGCGCCAUGCGCCCCUCGUGUUCGAAGGCUGCGCCGAGCACCGGCUGAGGUCGGAGGCGGGGGCGGCGAGCGCAGGGCUGAAGUACAAGCUGCAGGUGUCGCUGCCACACACCUACGGCGAGGACCCUUCCAGGCGCUAUCCCGCGAUCUUUGCCCUGGACGGGGAGCCAUACCUCUUCCCAUUGCUGGCCACCGUUGCGCGCACCCAGCACUUCUUCUGUAGGAGCACCUGGUAUCCUGACUUCAUUAUCGUGGGAAUCACGGCCGACCUUGAAGAAGACUUUACUUCCGAGAGCGUCGAUGUCAGGACCUUGUGGUCGGACUUACGGGCCACCCGUGCUCGGGACUACUUGCCCACCCAGGCGGAGAGCCCCUGGGGCUAUCCCGGUGCUGGGUCUUUGCUGGAGGUGUCCGGCCACGCCACCACGUUCGUUAACUUCUUGGUGUCGCGCUUGGUGCCCUUUGUGGACAACGUCUACCGCACAAGUGCCGAGCGCGCGCUGAUCGGCAAGUCCUUGGGCGGCUCGGGCGUGGCGCAUGCGCUGCUGGAGAGCCGAGAUGUCUUCCAGUAUUUCCUCCUUGGCUCGCCUUCGCUGGCCUGGGACGAGGGCGCUUUCUUCCGACUCGAGGAGAGCCGCGGCCUAAGAUUCCAGUUCGAUUCGAACAUGUUGGAAUUUCAAAAAGAGACAGAGGCGUGGGUGUUUUAA